AGUUUUUGUGAGGCUACAGGAAAGACUCUCAAUUUGUACUACUCGCAGAGAGAAGCAAUGAUGAAGCUGGAAAUUAGCAUCGUUUUACUGCUGUGUACUUGGACCACACUGGGAGAGGAAUUCAGUAAGUUAAGAUACUUCGGAAUGGAUAUGGAGGAAAAGUUAAAUGCUCUAAUUAAUGAAGUCAGGGAACUAAAAAGGGCAAAAAUAGCCUUUUCAGCCACACUGUCAGCUUCAUGGGACUCCGUCUAUUUUGGACCUCAUGAAGAAGCAACCACUCUUGUGUAUGAAAAUGUAUUUACUAACAUUGGAAAUGCUUAUGACAAAAAUACAGGAAUCUUCACUGCACCAGUAAAAGGAGUUUAUUUCUUCAACUAUGUGGUCUUCAAUGCUGGUGAGAAACCAACUGGUGUUAAACUGCUAAAAAAUGGCAAUCUUGUGCUCGCAGCAUUAGAUAACGCUCCCGGGCAAGACACCGAAGACACUACGAGCAACUCGGUUAGUCUUAUUCUUGAACAAGGGGACCAGAUAAAGCUUCAGCUCUUGGAGAGCCGUCGUAUCUACACAGAUGCCUGGAGACGCAACACCUUCAGUGGGCACCUACUUUUCACUUUGUGAAGUUUCUGUCCAUGUGAAUUUCUGAUGACACAGUAUGUUAGCCCAAAUGCAAUGUUUUAUUCAGAUAACUUUUCUGAAGCUGUGAAAAAAAUAAUAAUAAUGCUUUGCAGAACAAAAACAAAUCCAUUAAAUACUAAGAAGUUUUAAUAUAGCCUACACAAAUCAUUCAAAUGUAGCACAAAUUUCUAUAUGCUGUGUUGAUUUUUGUUUAAGGAUUACUCCUCAAGAAUCAAUGUACAAUUGCUGUAUAUAGUGUAUAAGUAUAUAGUGUUUCACAUUUUAUAUUUGUUAAUUACAUUUCUUGAAUGCUACUGCUAAAUAUACCUACUGCACCUGAACAAUAAAGCUCUUUUUGUAUUA